AUGGCUUCCGGCUCGGACUUUAUUCCUCCUCCACGGGACCGAACGGUGGGCUUCAUAGACUGUGGAGACCUGGGCCAGGCCAUUUUGAAAGGGAUCAUACGGAAAUCCAUCUUAAAUCCGCAAGAUUCAAACUCGUGGGCAAAGGCCACGUACAUCGCCAGCGUACCAUCGGAAAAGUCUGCACAGGAGCUGCGACAGGCCAUUGCCGCCGAUCCAGGCACAAAUGGCUCCAUCAGCCUCGAGGUCUUGCACAACCAGAACUCCCAAGUCGCGAACAGAUCUGAAAUCGUCAUCCUCGCAUCCCCAGAAGGUACGGCAGAGGCCAUCCUGAAGGGGCCAGGCAUGACAGAUGCCCUGAAAGGAAAAUACCUCAUCAGCCUGGUCGCCGGCGCCACCAUCGCCCAGAUGACAACCGCGCUCUAG